AUGUGCAAUGGAAUGAUAGAGUCAAUAUCAAAAGCCUGUUGGGCCCACACCUCAGCCACUAAACGGUGCUUCUUCUUGCUGCUGAUGCUGACUGUACUGUCCACUGGGCAAGGGUCAGGUUGUUUAAGACCCUUCAUGGUGCAGCAUGGCUCAGCGAAUCUGUCAGAGACCAACAUGAGCUAUUUCCCUGUGGGAACAGUACUGGAAUACCACUGUGAUCCUGGUUACCUGACAAACGGACCCAGCAUCCUCACCUGCACGGCACUAGGACACUGGUCCUCUGAACCACCACACUGCAUCCACAGUGACGUAUGCCAGCCUUCAUAUCAGCCAGAGAACGGGGGCUACACCUGCCACCCCUCCCCCUGCCGAAGACUUACUCAUGGCACUGUGAUUGAAUAUUUCUGUGAUGAAGGCUAUAUCCUGAAGGGAGACUAUAAAUACCUUACCUGUCAGUAUGGGGAGUGGGACAGCCUAAUGCAGAUCAGCUGCCUCAUGGAGCAAGGAUGUGUGAGGCCAUACAUGGUCCAAAACAGCUGGGUAAACCUCACAGAAACCAACAGGGGCCUGUUCCCUGUGGGUACAGUACUGCAGUACAGCUGUGACCCUGGUUACCUGCCAGACGGACCCAGCAUCCUCACCUGCACCACGCUGGGACGCUGGUCCUCUGAACCCCCUCGCUGCAUACGUAGUGGCGCAUGUCUACCCCUCUCUGAACCAGAAAAUGGGGGCUACACCUGCCACCCAUCCCCCUGUCGAAUGUUUUCCCAUGGCACUGUGAUUGAAUUCUUCUGUGAUAAGGGCUUCGUUCUCAAGGGAGACUAUAACUACCUGACCUGUCAGGAUGGACAGUGGGACGGCCCCAUGCAGAUCAGUUGUGUGAGACAAGGUUGUAUGAGACCCUUCAUGGAGCAGCAUGUCUUAACUAAUUUGACGGAGACCAAAAACAACUCAUUCCCCGUGGGCACAGUACUGGAGUACCACUGUGACCCUGGUUACCUGCCAGAUGGACCCAGCAUCCUCACCUGCACAGCACUGGGACACUGGUCCUCUGAACCUCCUCGCUGCAUACGCAGUGACGUAUGCCAGCCUCCAUAUCAGCCAGAGAACGGGGGCUACACCUGCCACCCCUCCCCCUGCCAAAGACUUACUCAUGGCACUGUGAUUGAAUAUUUCUGUGAUGAAGGCUAUAUCCUGAAGGGAGACUAUAAAUACCUUACCUGUCAGUAUGGGGAGUGGGACAGCCUAAUGCAGACCAGCUGCCUCAUGGAGCAAGACAGCAAUCCCACUUUACCACUGGGGAUGCCCGCCUUGUCCAUAGUGUCAUCCACGGCUAGUUCAGUGGCCCUCAUCCUGCUCCUGGUGGUGCUAUUUGUACUUCUGCAGCCAAAACUCAAGUCUUUCCAUCGACGUGAUCAGGGGGUGACCGGACAGCCUGUGUCAAUCAUGGUGGAAGGAGUCCAGGUUACUCUGCCCUCGUAUGAGGAGGCUGUUUGUGGUAAUGAUGUCUCAGCUUCAGCUCUCAGCUCUGAGUCUCGUGUCCAAAUAGUGCUGUCUGAGGGUCAGCACGCCACCGCGGAGGCUGGCCCCUCUCGGCCUUCUUCCCUUAAACCGCAGCAUUCAGAAAUGGCUGUGGUCCACCCUGUGCCACAGUCUUCAUCCUCGUCAUCACCCGCACCCUCAUCCUCUGCCUGGGCUCUGGAGCAUGCAGGCGCUGCUGCUCCUCCAUCGUCACAAAGAAGGCCGUCUGCAGGCAGCGACCAACACAGCCUGACUCUGAUGGACUCAGAGAUGGACUACUCUGAUGAUAUGCCAUUAUUGAAGGAGGCCUGAAACAUGCUGCAGCUUUUGAACUUACCCGAGACAACUAGCGCUGCUGCUGACCUUUACUGGUGAGGGAUGCCUCUUGAGAGUUUGUCAACACAGCUGUCAACACACACAAGCCCAACUAAAGAGGCACCGAGUGAAGCUGUGGGUCGCUCUGAGUAAAUCCUCUGACCAUCCCAAAGGAGCAUGGAGAGGGGAUUCACAUGUAAAUACAUGCUUACAUUUUUUAUAGGAAUUCCUACACUCUGUAUGUAUGUCUAAUGUCCUAAGAUCCGUUUGAAAAUGCAGAACAAAAAGAGAAAGGAACAGACACUUCUGAAGGAGUGUGUCAUAAAGAUUGCUGAAAAAAUGACUGAUGUCCUUCAGUCGAACCGGCAAAGCUGCAAACUUAUUUUGGGGGCUAAUAAUCAAACCAGUGUCUUGUUUGCUGUUACUUUUUUUACGCACAUGUCACAUCAUGUAAAACACACAUUGGCAAAAAUGCAUGAAGGCCAGGUAAGCUAGAUUGUUCUUACAACACCAUCUUUUAAGAAUUUUGCCAUUAUGAAUUUAAUCAUUAUUUAAGACAUAAUUAAUCAUGACUCCUGUCGUUCCACAUGUAACUGUACAGAAUAAGGCUGCUCGUUCACUCUUCUGAGUGAAGGAAACCGUUUGAAGUGACUUUAUUGUUUCAGGCCUGCAUUCAACACAUUUCAUCCCUUCAAAGAGCUGUAUCUCCAAAUGUAUUUUCUUCAUACUUGUAUUUUUGCCCCCCAAUGGCCUUAGCUUUCCACUUCUAUGCACAGGUAAUCUACACUAUGUAAAAUAAGGAGUUUUAAAAAUGAAUGUCAGUUAAACGCCUCCACUGCUUAGCAAUUAUAUGUGUGGCUUUGUCAGACACAUCACCCAUACACCGGAAAAUAUUAUCCUCUUAAUUUAUUCAGGCUGUUUGGAAAUUCCUGUUUUAUGUCUAAAUGAGAAACUGAAAUGCGUAUUGAAUUAACUUGUUGUCCAGAAAGCUGUUGAUCAGCCACGGCUUCUUUUGAUGCUUCCAUAGCUCUUGGAAACUUUACAAAGUGGGUCUUUUCACUUUUUCGCUUCAGUUUAAAGUCUACUGCAGGCACUUUGUAUGUGACACUGUAAAAGUUGUUGGGAAGAUUCAACAAAAAAAAUGUAAAUGUACAGCUUGGUGUAAUGUCAGUGUUCACUUUGUUUGACUGUCCAUUGAAUUUAUGUUUGGACUGCAGAACGGAUUUCAUUUUUGUUUUGUUUUUUGU